GAAGGGACACGCUGGUGUGCUAUUUAUUUAUUUAUUGUAGUUUAUUUUAAAUUGUCCGCAGCCAAACAUGCUCGGCCUGUGCCUUUACGUCCCUGUGUCUAACUCGGACCCGAUUGAAGUGGAAUACUUUGAGUCUAACGGACUACCGUCAGAAUUGAAGUCUCUCUUUAACAAAUUGAGCGUGUUUCUGCCGUCCCAGGAGUUUUCCACCUACCAGAGAUGGCGAAAGAAAACCCUAAAAAGGGAAGAAAAUAACUCAGAUGGACAGCUGGAUUUUGAGGAGUUUGUUCACUAUCUGCAAGACUAUGAAAAAGACCUGAAGCUUGUGGUGAAAAGCAUCGACAGGAAGAAUGCAGGCCGCGUUGAUCCUAAGGAGUUCAUGCAGUCUCUUUGGGAUCUUGGUGUGCAUAUUUCCCCGCAGCAUGCGGAAAAAGCCCUUAAGAGCAUGGAUAAGAAUGGAAUGAUAACUAUCAGCAGUGAAGACUGGAGCAACUACCCAAUGGUGGAGAAGACGGAGAACAUUCCUGAGAUCAUCCUCUACUGGAAACACUCCACGAUUUUCGAUGUGGGUGAGAACCUGAUGGUUCCUGAUGAGUUCACCAUAGAGGAGAAGCAGACUGGGAUGUGGUGGAGGCACCUGGUUGCUGGUGGAGGAGCUGGAGCUGUUUCAAGGACCUGCACCGCGCCCCUGGACAGACUCAAAGUCAUGAUGCAGGUUUAUGGAUCCCGAACAAACAAUAUGUGCAUCAUGACUGGGCUGAUGCAGAUGAUCAAAGAGGGUGGUAUGAGGUCAUUGUGGCGAGGCAAUGGCGUGAACAUCAUCAAAAUUGCCCCUGAGUCGGCCCUCAAGUUCAUGGCAUACGAGCAGAUUAAACGUUUAAUUGGCAGUGAUAAGGAGACUCUGAGCAUCUUGGAGCGGUUUGUUGCUGGAUCUAUGGCUGGAGUGAUCGCCCAGAGCACCAUCUACCCCAUGGAGGUCCUAAAAACUCGUCUUGCUCUGCGGACGACCGGUCAGUACUCUGGUAUCUCAGACUGUGCCAAGCAGCUUCUCAGGAGAGAAGGACUUGGAGCGUUUUAUAAAGGCUACGUCCCCAACAUGUUGGGCAUCAUCCCCUACGCAGGCAUCGACCUGGCAGUGUACGAGACACUGAAGAACAGCUACCUGCAGCAGUACGGCGCCAACAGCGCUGACCCCGGUGUGUUUGUCCUGCUGGCCUGUGGCACCGUGUCCAGCACCUGCGGUCAACUAGCCAGUUAUCCUCUGGCUCUGGUCCGCACACGCAUGCAAGCACAAGCUGCGACAGAGGGCUGCCAGGAGGUUACAAUGACCAGCCUCUUCAGGCAGAUAUUGCAGACCGAAGGCCCGAGGGGGCUCUACAGAGGCCUGGCCCCCAACUUCCUCAAAGUCAUCCCCGCCGUCAGCAUUAGCUACGUUGUGUACGAGCACCUGAAAACACAGCUGGGAGUGACGUCGCGCUGAAACUCACCCUCUCAUUGUCACGCAACUUGAAUGUGACAUGUGACCCUCACCCGCUCCCACCAAGCACCCCACCACUACCACCACCCCUCUCGCUCUCUCUCCCUCCCUCCCUCCCUCCCUCCUAGGGUUAAUGCUAGGGAAUCCCAGGGACCUUAUGGCCCCUCUGGGGGUUCGUAGAGUCGUCUCAUUCUGUGAAUGUCAGCUGAUGAAAGACGAGAAAGGACACCGAAUGUUGGAAUGGCCAAGCUGGAGGAUAUGGACUCUGUGAGCUCAGGUUGUCAGGAUUGUGACUGCUGCUAUUUAUGUUUUAAAGACGUUGUGUUGAGAGCUGAAACAUGAGGAAUGUGAGUGACUGUAGAUCAAGGACCAACUGCUCUUGCUCUUCCUACCAUCUUGUGUUUUGGUGCCUGAGCAAAUGUCAGGUUUUUUUUGUUUUUCAUGUUGGUGUGACAUUGCAAGUUUUGCAAGUGAGUAAAAUGUGCAUCACCAGCGCUCUUGUUCAGUUACCCUACUGAUAAUUACUCUCCUUUACGAGGCAGUUAUAGCAUUAAUAAGCUCUUAAAGAAAUUUUGACUUCUGCCCGUAGGAAGAAAUGAUGGGGUUGCUAAAUGAGAGGAUUUUGCACAUGUGAGUUUGAUCUCUUGCCACCCGUGUCCUGAAUGAGUGAAUGACUAUGGAGUAUUUAUUUCCAUCCAUCCUGUAUUUAUUGUUUUUAUUGCCUAGAAGAGAGUGAGGGUAUAACACUGCGUGUUUCCUGUCUGAAGAGCCAAAUGUGCAAUUUGAUAACAGUUUUAAAAUGCAGUGUGACUACAUUCAGGGUGGAGAAACUAAUGCCAGACAACAGCCUUAACAUGUGGCUAUCAAACACUAAAUGUAGUUGUCUGGUGAUAUGUUGAAAAGAGAGCUGGAGUUUGUACUCAUGAGUCAAUGCAGCUGGUGUUUGAGCAACUGAAAAAUAACUUUGUUGUUUGUGCAAAUAGCUUCAGAUCAUGUCUGUUAAUGUGUGUUUUUUUUGCCCUUUUAAAGGUAUAAAUGUCUUAAUGUUUCACCUCAGGUUUAAGGGCAGAUUAUUGGUUAAUUCACAGAGGAGCACACAUGGUUUGUUUUUUGUUUUUUUGUUUUUUUCAGUUCACAACAUUUAUUCUCAAAGACAAGGGCUUGAAGAAGAUGAGCGACAUAAUGCACUUUAAUCAAUGCUGGAGGGGCAUCUGAAUGAAUGUCAUAUCAAUCCAGGUAUUAAAAUGUAAUUAUUCUGUAAAGAAUGAGUUUUAGUAUUAUUUUAAUGGACCAUUUU